AUGACGAAUGCUCUAAGGCCUGGAGGUUUUCGAAGUGUACCUGAACAUCAUGCGGCACUCUUAGGUACCAUUCUCAUCACCAAUGGCAUAAUUUCUUUUACCGUUGGAGUCCUGGAUCUGUCUUUGUAUACUAUCUAUGCGUAUAACUACAUUUAUGUUGGUGCCCCAAUUUGGAGUGGAAUUAUUUACUUCAUUGCUGGCAUCCUUUCGGCCUGUAGCAGAAAAACAAAAGAUAUCCAUCUUGUUAAUGCAUCCUUUGCAUUUUCGCUAUUGACCACCAUUUGCGCCUUGGUUUCCACCGUUUUAUUAACCCUUGGUCGAGCCCAAGAUAUCCACUACAACAAUUAUCCUUUAGCCAUGGUUGGUAUUGCAGUCUCUGUCCUCUCAUUUAUCUUUGGCUUAUGCGGAGCUGUUGUUGCUAGUUAUGGCAUGGAUUGUGAUUGCUGUGAUUCCUCACAAAUUCCUAACGGUCAAUAUGUCUACUUUGAUAAUGAAGCCAGUCAAUUUGGCCAGUCUUCUAGCCAUGCACAAAGAAUGCAACCACCCCAAUCAAUGCAAUCACCGCAGCAGAUACAGCAGACACGGCCGAUGCAACCAAUGCAAUCACCGCAGCAGAUACAGCAGACACGGCCGAUGCAACCAAUGCAACCAAUGCAAUCAAUGCAACCAAUGCAAACUGGAUCAACUACGCAAACAGGACUAGUACAACAUCAAAAUGAACCUGCUAUGGCAGCUAAUUCACUACCUAUCUCUCAGAAUGAUGACUCUCAACCUCAGAUAUCGUAAAGAAUUCAUUCUUUUAAGUGUGAAUGACUUCUAGUAGAAUGUAGAAAUAGAGCUAUUGGACUACUGGAGUGAUUAAUUGAUAAUUUUAUGUCGACGAAUAACAGUUCUAUAGUUGUAGAUGAAAUGAACGAUGUUUCAAGGUUAGGUACUAGCUCUGUUUGGCCACAUAGGAUGCGGUUGGUAGUACUCUCACUAAGUUAUCCAUCAUGGCAUUAUAAGAAAAGUUGAGUACAAUUUUUAAGCUUUUUCAUGAAUUAUCCUAAUCUACUGUAUCCGUGUUUUUUUG